UAAUAUAUAAUUUUAUUUACCUUUGGACUUCGGAAUCGCAAUAAAUUAUUUUUUGUAGAAGGAAAACUAUUAAAAUGUGCACGUUCUUCACUUCGACAUCGUCAUCGACUCAACAUUAACAUUAGUAGGCCUAUUAGUGUCAUGAGUGAGGUAGGCCUACCGGGCCCAUUUAUUUAUAAUCAUCAUAAUCAUAAUUAUAAUCAUAGUCAUAAUCAUAAGUCAUAAGGCAUGUCCGCCCAUGAUAAAGCCAUACUUAUUAAGACUAAAUAUGUAGAUUAUGUGAAUGUAUAAUAGUAAUAAUAAUAAAUAAUAAUAAUACUGAAUAGCAUAAUAGCAUAGUCAUAGUUAUAGGUAUAGUAUUCUCUAGCAUUUUAAUAGACUAGACCUUUUAUUAUUAUUAUGGUUUGUUUGUAUUAUAUUUAUAUUGUAAAUUUAUGAUGUGAAAAAUUGAAAAUCUGGUCUUAUGGCUUAUGGAUGGUGUCGUUGUUACAGAUACUUAGUUAAAAAUAACACUGACACCGGUGUUAUAGUUAGUUUAACUUUACUCUUUAGUCUACCGGCUACAUCAUUAACUUGAGUCUUGAAGCCUGCCCACUACUAGCUACCAUAUAUUAUGCCUACGGCCUACAGAGCUACUGCGACACAACCUAUAAUAAGACUAAGGACCAUAAUUAUUACUACCCUAUUACUAAUUACUAUUACUAUUUCAAGUAGGCCUAUUGGCCUACCAAGAUUGAUGGUAAGUGGACAGUUCAGUGGAUACAGUGUAGAGUAGGCCUAACACGAGUGAACACUACAUUAAAAAUGCAACAUUCAUUGUUUACAUGUUUACAGUGAGUUUGAGUUAGCUACAGUGGUCUACAGUGAAGCCACAAAUUUUCCUGCUAUCGUACACCUAACUGUCCUAAGUUAUUGGCCUAGGACAUUGCAGCUUGGCCUUGGCCAGAAAUCGGUAUUGACUCCGAAAAACAUGGUUAUCAAAUCAUGGUUCUUUCUUGAAAAGAAAUUUGGCUCUGAUUUGAACAACAUUUUAAUCGUCCUGCUGCUGAUUUUCUUGGCUCUUUGACUAAUGAGUUUGCUGAACACUGGCUUAGGUCUAUUGCCAAUUUAAAAUUUUAAUAAUUUGAGUAUUAGAUUUUCAUCAAAUUAUAUAGCAACAGUGACCCCUAAAUAUUUAUCCAACUUACAGUAAUAUAAACUAUUAUGGCUGUGCCGAGGAAAAGUGGCGCCCGGACGAAGCCUGAAAAUGCUGCCCCUCAUUAAAUGUAGAAAAAUGUAACAUGUGCCCCUGAGGCGGACCAGUAAAAAGAAGAAUUAAUGCCCCUUUUCUUUGUGCCGUGUACAGGAAUUUAUUGUUUAAUUCUCUUGUAAGAGUCUAUAAUAUAAAAUAUAAAGACAAUUUUGGUAACCCUGAUGUUGGUGCCUGGGGCGAGUGCCCCCUCCUCCUCCCCCAACCCCCAGUCUUAGCCCGGUCUAUAAAUUUUAUUACUCAAAGAUAAAGAAGAUAGUUUACAAAAAGUGUUGUCAAGAGGAGUGAAACAUUAUUUAAAAUAUUUUUUUUAAGAUGCUCAUAAAGUUUACAAAUAUGUAAAUGUCAAUGUGCAAAUUAGGUUUCAAGUCUGUCCACAAUUUAAAAUUGUUAAAUCCAACCUUGAAAUUCAAGGUUGGAUAAAAAAAAAUUAAAUUGUGGAUGGAGAUGUAAAAACCUCUAGAUACACCAAUGGAUCACUUUUGUUGAAAUCGAAUGGUUGUUUUAAGUCUUAAUCAUGCUUAAUAUUAUGUUAAAUAGGUAAAAAUUAUAAAAAAAUGUUUUACUUCCAAGUUUUUUUGUGCUUAGAGCAAAGGACUAAAUACUUAUUAAAUAAAUUAAUUUGUCUAAAAUUAACCCAAUUGUCUCACGAUCUCUUUUUGCAUCUAACUGCUCUCAAGUGCAGGGAGCUAUAUAGUUUUUUUGGAACCGAAGUUUUGAUUGAAUAGCAUUGUGAACAUUGUGUGCUACACAUCCUAUGUCAAGGACUUUAUGGCUGAGUGUUUCAUUUAGUUUUCAAUAUAUAUUGUUUUUUCCCCUUCUCUCUGCACCAUCAAAAUUUGCACAAUUUUCUGUAACAGCUGAUGUGAUUACAGUGUUUCCAUAAUAUAUGGGUGAAGUAGAGCAGAUAUUUCUCCAGGUAAAUUUUUAAAUUCAAGGAUUUUUACUUCAAUUCCUGCUGAUGACAAAAUAUAUUGAACAAGUAUAGGAAACAACUUGACAACUUUAUGAUUGGAUGCAUCAAUGAAAACAGACACAACGUUUGCAUUUUCCAGCUCAUAUUUACAGCGCUUCAUUGCAAGAAAUCAACAAGCGUGUCGACAGGAAGCCUUCAUCAGCGAACAAACAACAGUAAAAAGAGUAUUAAAUAAAAAUAGCACUUAGCUGAAAAGUAGUAUCCGAGAGGGGAGCAAAAGAAUUUAGGGCUCCUGUAAGUCAUGUAAGUUUGCCGGUCACAGUCAACCGUAUGAUUAUAUUGAGGGAGUCAGAACAUUUCAGAACAGAAACUCUAGAAAUUGAAUGGUCAGAAAGUAUUUUCUACUUCUAUGUAGACCUUUUGGAAAUUGUAAAAAACUUUCCCAAUAAAGGGCGGUUGGGGAAAGGAGUGCAGCAUGUGUCACCUAGUUAAUUGGUGAUGUCAGUAACAAAAAGCAAAGGGGGGUGGGACAAGUAAUGCUCACUACGACUCCACAUCAAGCAGGAUUAGCUAAAACUAGGUUAACACACAGGCUAUAACACACAGUGUGUAGUAAGCCUAAUCAAGCCUUUGUUUUACAUGCCUUGCAUUUAUACCUGUGUGUCGGCAAGUAGGCCACUUCACAAGGUCAUCUGCAUAGAGUGCCAUCUCCGCCCUUAGCUCAUCUGAUAGGUCAUUAAUAAACUUUAGGAAUAGCGUACAACUCAGUGACGAGCAUUGUGGAAGACCCUCUUCCAGGACACACUUUGUUGAGCUGGCCCCUUCUUCUAAAACACACUGAAGAGGUGGCCACUUCUUCCAGGACACACUUUGAUGAGCUUGACCCUUCUUCCAGAACAAGAACACACUGAAGAGGUGGCCACUUCUUCCAGGACACACUUUGAUGAAGUGGUCCCUUCUUCCAGGAUACACUUUGAUGAGGUAGCCACUUCUUCCAGAACACACUUUGAAGAGGUGACCACUUCUUCCAGGACACAGUUUGAUGAGGUGGCCAAUUCUUCCAGGACACACUUUGAUGAGUUGGCGUUUUUUAGUUUUGUUUGGUUAAUACAAUCAGUAAGAAAGAACUUUAAACAUUUGUACAUCUUGCAAUAAAUCCUUGCAUUGUUUAACUUCCAGAGUUAGCCUUUCUGCCAUAAUCCAUUAUAGGCCUGCUGGAGGUCAACAAAGUUUCCUGCAGUGGUUUUUUUUGUUGUGGAUGCCAAGAAGGAUACUUAGCCUCAGGCAGAAGAGUUGAUCAUCCUUACUGUCAAGUUCUGAAACCAGCUUGGUAUUAAAAUUUAUUGAAAGAGACAUUUGUUUCUAGUUCUAGUCACCAAUAGAGGUAAAAGUUGAUCAUUCUUUCUGCAAGUUUUUCAAUUCAGGAAGUCAGGGAUAUUGGUCUAAAGCUUUUGACAUAAUUUUCAGCCUUUCAUUUUUAAAACAAUGGUGGUAUAAUGGCAUUUUCCAAGAUUUUAAGGAUUUCACUUUUGCCUCAAGAACUGUUUAUGACAUUGAGUAUGGAUUUUUCCACCAUAGGGCCCAAAUUCACAAUCAUGGGGUUAUGGAUUUUAUCUGUGCCUUGGGCUUUUCAAUUUAUAUCUCGGCCUGGUGCUUUUUGAUACAUUAUAAUAUUUCAUAUUGGAAAUUUUAUGUGUUGUGUAAAUCAAGGACAGGUUGGGUUCAAAAAUUAAUUGUUUUAUAUGACAUAAAUUAUACAUUUUGUACCCCAAAAAUUGUGUGUCAUGGUUUUCUCAACAGUUCUCUUAACCACAUAAAGCAUGUCACAACCAUGUUAUAAUGCGGGGACUUUUUUAAUAACAUCUGAAAUAAAUUUUUAUUAUUUAAAAGUAAUUUAAAAUGGAUUCUUAUAGUUAAUGAUGACUUCAGAUAAAAAUGUGGUAGCUGUAUAAUCACUAAUUAGAUAACAUACUUUGUUGAAAAAUAAUUAUAUAUAUAUAACUAAUUCUAUUUUGUGUUCAAGUACCAGUAUUUAAUAUAAUUUGUCUGUGUGUUUCAAUCGUCUUUUUUAUGCUACAAAUAUGACAUAGUUCAUGGAUUUAGUUAAAUAAUGCUUUUUGAAAAACUUUUUUGAUUAAAAGUUAUUCAUUUCAGGGACGUUCCAUGAUGGCAGAGAGAGGAAGGAUGCUCAGAUUAGAAAACCUUCCACCAGAUAUUACUGCAGACAAGCUUAAGAUCAUAUUGUCUAAUACGAGACGUAAAGGUGGUGGUCCUGUCGACCAUAUAGAUUUGAAUAGUGAAGAGCACAGCGCAAUAGUUACUUUUAGAGAUUGUAAAGGUAAUUAGAUAAGUCUUAAUAUUGCUGAAAUACUGCUAGUUGUAAGAAAAAAUAAUUCGUAAAAUCUUUGAGCUUUAAAAAUGAAAUAAUUUGUUAAUCUAACGUGGACUUUUUGAGCUUCUAAAUUAUUUUAUAAUUACAUUAAUAUAACUAUCAAUUAAAGCUCUAAAUAGUCCUAUGAAAUACUGCCCUCUUUAUGCUCUCGUGAAAUGGUGAGCUCAUGAAAAUGAAAACAUGAUAUACAAUUGUGCUAAAGAAAUACCAAUACAAAAAAAAUGACUUAAGAUAAAGUAAAUUUUUUUAAUUUUUUUAUUUGAUUAAGUAAACACAUGAAUUAUGCACAAUAAUGUUCAGAAUGUGUUUCUUUAAGUCAAUGCUUUCUUUAAACUUAAAUAAAACAAUAAAGAAUUUGCAUUUCUUAAUGUUUUUAUUUAAUUUUUCCCUAGCUGUCAAUAUAAUACUUAACAGAGGAAAUUUUAUUGAGAUUCAAGAAUUUGAAGCUAAGAUUUUCUGUGUUGAUGACAUUUCCAAAAGUUUACAGAGAAGUGAGACUGUUCUUAAAAAUAAAAAAACUCCUUCAGUGGCAAUGAGUUUUACAGAAAAAAGCAAUGGUAAAAAUUUGAAUAACCAAGAAAGUUAUAACGCUGAUUGUGGAUCUUCAAACAGGAAAAAUACAUGUCAAAAAUUACAACCUAGAAAUGAUAAGAGAGAAACUCAUUCUUUGAGUGAAUCAGAAUCUUCUGAAAGUUCUGAUGAUAUACAUCCAACUAAAACAAGAAACACAAACAAUAUAAGAGUCCUUGGAGAUCAAGAUGGAAACAAGCCUUUAAACAGACAAAAAUAUGGAUUUAAGAGUGAUGAAUAUAGAAAGCAAAAUAUGAUGAGAAAAGGGCAUAGUGAGGAAGAAAGCAAGAAAUUUGAAAUAGAUGAGAGAGCUGAAUCAUCAAGUGAUUUUGAAUCUUCUGAAAGCUCUGAGGAUAAUUUUAUACCUAAAACAAAAGGCUCAGAAAAAAUGAGUCUUACAGAUAACUAUGAAGACAAGUCUAAAAAACAGAAAGCGCAUUCUCUUGAAAGUCAAGCCACAGAAAGACCAAACAUAAUAUAUAAAAAGCCUCAUUCUAAAGACAGAAGCAAAAUCAUUGCUGCUGAUAAGAAAAAACCUCAAUAUUCUUCCUCUAGUGAUUUUGAAUCCUCUGAGAGUUCAGAAAAUGAGUUUGAAACUAAACCAAAAAACAAAGGAAGAAAUAGUUUAACAGAUCAAGAAGAUGUUAUAUCUUCUAACAGAGGAAAUGGUGAUGGAUCUAAAGGGGCAUCAUCUAUUAAAGGCUCUUCUAAAGAUGAAAGCAGUGGUUUUGUAUCUGAUAAGAAACCCAUCCAAUCUUGUAGUGAAUCAGAAUGCUUUUCUGAAUCUUCAGUCAGUUCUCAUGAUGAUGAUUCUGAUGAUGACGAUCUCAGUUUAGCAGAAAAAGCUGAGAAAACUGUGAAAAUUAAAAUAAUAGAUGCAAAGAAGCAAAAGGACUUUUAUCUCCUUUAUUUAGAAGAUGACGCAAUCAAUGAAGGAGAAUUUUAUGAAAAAAGCAUUUUGCUGGAUGGCUUGAAUAAACAUGUUUUUGUUACUUUUAAAAAUGCCAAAGGUGAGUGAACUUAAACAAUUUUUGAAAAAUUAAAUAAGUUAAAAUAAAAUAUGUCAUUUUUAUUUUCUAUAAUACUGUUAUAUUUAAGGUUAAAAAGUUGAGCUAUAAUCUACUUGCACCAUUAUCUUCAUAUAUAUUUAUAACUAAACUUUUAAUAAUUUCUCUUUUGAAUUAGAUGCCAGGGCAUUUCGCCGUACCAGGCAUAAUGAAGAUAGCAAUAUUACUAAAGUUACCAUUGCAAGUGAGAAUGACUUCAACUGGUACAGCAAUCUUGUUGCUGUCUUUGGAUAUAGCUUUGAAUCCAAAAAAGAUAUAAAUGCAUUUAAAGAUCAGAUCUCCAAUUGUCUUAAACGGGAUGUCCAAGAAAUUAUACAGUAUGAUGAACCAAGGUCUUUGAUUGUAAAAUUCAACCCAAAACACUGUCACCAAGGUACUUUAUAGACAUUGUCAAUUUGAGUAGUUAAGUUUUUAAUCAUCAUUUUUGUCACUAUGAUUAUAACAUGCACAAUGUCUAUGUCAGAUUACCAAGUUACAUUUUCAUCCUUAGAGGGAAAAUCUUCAAAGCACAUGUAAAGAUAAUGAUCUUAAUUGUGGAACUCAAAAUAAUUAUUGAAGUUACAUGUUACAAGUUACAAAUGAGAAUUUUCAGUUAAAUCAAAACUUCCUCAAUAUAAAUUUAAAUUUGACAGGAAAAAUAAUUAUACCAGGUAAAUGUGAUUUGUAUAUCAUGUUAUAGUAAUAUAUUCUGCAUAACAAAAUAGUGAUUGAAUGAAAUUAAAAAUUAUAAAUUUAGAUAAUGAAAUACAUUUAAUUUGCAAAGACUUUUAUUUUAUAUAUGUAACAACCUCUCUCUCUAUUAUAAAUUAUAAUAAAUAUUGACUUGCAAAUAUUUAACAAAUUGUGCCCCUUAAAAAGAUAUACUGCCUCCUUUCACUAGCUGUGUGCAGUUAUUGCCUCAUGGCCCCAAGGAGACUACAUCAUCUAAAAGAUAGGCUUAUGCUCAUUAAUUGGAUAAUGAGGAGCUCUUACAAAUUAUGCUUUUGCCAAACAGGGGAUAAUCUGAAGAGUUUUUAAUGCCAACUUGUCAAAGUAACUGAUCAAAACUGCCAACAAAUAUUUCACAAUAAUUUAUAAAAAUUUACUUUUCAGCAAAAUAUGGAGAUUUGUUAUGGAAAUGUGCUGUGGAAUUUUGUGACAUUCACCUCAUUACAGCACCAGUUGAGAAAAGCAACCAAAUUUUGAUAUCUGGUCUCUCUAAAGGCACUGAUAAUAGCACUGUAGAGCGUUAUUUGUCAAGCAAGAGACAUGGUGGAAGCCGUGGACAGUUGAGUUCCCCUAUUAAAAGAAUCAAUGAUCACCAGGCUAUAGCAACUCUUAAAAGUGUGGAAAGUAAGAUAACGUUGAUUAAAUUAUACAAUUUUGAAAUUUAUAUAAAAUUAUAAUCUUUGUUUCUUGACCUUAACUUCAGUAAAUGUAAUUUUUGAUGGUAUCUGGUUAGUGACAGAGUAUUUCAAUAGUUUGGAUAGUUAUUAUUGAGAUAUCAACGUAGCCCAUUAAUAUGUUUGCUCAAAGGCUUGCAUUGCUCUUUUUUAUGUGCAAUACUGACAUCUACCUUAUUAUUCAAAUCUUUUUUGUUUGAAUAAUUUUUUUUUUCUACUAACUAUGGAAAAGUUAAUACUUAAUGGUUCAUACAAGAGGCUUGCAAUCUUUUUUUCAAAAAGACUACUUAAAUCAUUUAAAAGACAGCAUAAAUGAAAAGAUAUGUAAACGUUUACAUUUUCAAACAUGCAUGGGCUCAAUGAACCCAUUUUACUGUCACAUUUGCUGCAAGUUUUUACACUUUGCUUAUAGGCCUAUAUAUUUUAAUGUUGAUUUUUAAUUGCCAUCCAAUGUAAAAUAGUGUUUUUAUUAUCUUAUUUAUAAAAGUUAAAAUCAAUAAUAAAUAGAUUUUGAAUAUUUUUUUAGUUAGUUGGCGUAUAUGGAAGUUUUCUAAACUGGCCAGUUUUUUAUAUGUGCUUUAAAAAUGUUAAUAUCUUUUUUCUAUCUUCAGCAAUAGAGAGCAUUUUGAAUAAAAAUAAUCAUGAACUUGAGGGGAAAAAACUGAAGAUUGAUUAUUUUCAUUACUGCCUUUCACCAGAAGUUUAUGAAAAACAUUUUGGCUUGGACAGAACAACUAAAAAUUUGCCUAAGAAAACAAGAGCAGAAUAUAAACCCAAAGAUAUAAAGAAGCCUGAAGAUAGAGAGAUUGAUGAAGCCACGGAUCUUCAACAAAAAGGAGACAAAUCCCCCAAAAAAAAGAAAAGCCAUGAGGAAGAACAGAGCUCUAAAACAUUACCGGCAACUAUGAAAAAAAAUGACUUACAGAAAGGAGAAGCUGAAAGAAUGACUUUGAAAGAAGGAGAGAAGAAAAUAGAUGCAGGAAAAGAGAGAAAAAAGCCUAGAAAGGAAAAUAAAGAUACAAUGGCACAAGUUUCAAUGCCCCUGGAAGAGCGUGAAAAAGAAAUUUUGCAAAGUAUCAAUUUUUUGGGGGACUUAAAGAUUGAAACAGAGUUUCAACCUGGACUCUUAAAUCUUAGGGGCACUGAUGAAAAUAUUAAGGUUGCUAAAAACACAAUUUUUAACAAAUGCUACAAAGAUAUUAAAAAGCUCCAAUUCACUGCUAAGAACAUGGAUACCACACACAUAGAACUCCUACAGAUCAGUGGUGUCCAAAGUUACAUCAACAAAAUGUUUAAGAAAAAGCAUUAUCCUGCCUUUUUAGAAUGCAAAGAUGACUUGUUAAUUCUACACUACUUGAAAGAAGCCGAUGAAACCAAACUAAUUGAAGUUGUUAAGAAACAAAUUGAAAGUAAAAAAAUGUCAUUAGGUGAUCAGUUUUCUAUAUUCCAAUCCUUAAAAGGUUGUGAAUUUAUUGCACAAUUAUGUGAGGAUGAAAAAGAAAAAACAAGCACAAUAGCAAGAUUGGAUCAAAGUAAUAAGUCCAUUCACAUUGUGGCACUUCGUAAAUAUAUAUACCAAGCCCAAGUGAUAAUCGAAAGAUUUAUGG